AUGGUUUUACCUGUGAAAAGCAAUGCCUCUUAUAGUCCGCUUCCAACAACAAACGCCACUGUAGACCCUCCGCCACGAAAGAUCUUCGGGAUACCAGCUGCCGUAGUCGCAGGCUUUUGUUACUGCAGCGCCUCCGCGUCUAUGGUGCUGCUAAACAAACACGCCUUGGCAUCUUUCAAUUUUACAGCUCCAAACGCGCUGCUUCUCUUUCAAUGCGCGCUCGCUGUUGUGUUGGUCAAGGUGUGCGAGGCAGCGGGGUUCGUUAAACCUCUCCAGCCCCUUAAGCGUGGCCUCGUCAUCCUCUGGUUCCCCGUCACUUGCAUCUUUGUCAUGAUGCUCGGCAGCGGAUUUUACGCGCUCCAGCUAAUGGGAAUCGGCAUGUUCUCCGUUUGGAAGCAGCUUGCCAACCUGACGACGGCGCUGGGUGACGUGUUCAUCUUCCGGCGGUCGUACAGCUGGCCGGUUGUCAACUGCUUGCUGACCUCGGCUUACGCGCUUUGCUUGCGUAGUGUGAUGGACAAGGUGCCCAUGUACACUGUGGACGGAAAUAAGAUGGACGAGUUUAGCAUGGUGUACUACAACAACUUGUUAUCCAUCCCACCUAUCUUGGUGCUGAUGGCGGUGUUCGGGGAGUACGACGGACUGCUACAGCAGCCCGCUCUCACACUACCGCCCUUCCAGGCAGUAGCGGUGCUGGGGGGGAUCAUCGGGUUCGCAAUCAGCUUCUCCAGCCUCUGGUUCCUGUCCCAGACCACCGCCACCAUCUACUCCCUGAUCGGCUCCCUCAACAAGUUCCCGAUCGCGACAGUGGGCAUCCUGGCCUUCAGAGAACCCACAAACGCGAAGAACAUGGCCAGCAUCGUCAUAGGUCUGGGGGCAGGUGUAAUCUUCACACAGUACAAAUCCAAGAAGUACAUUUUCCUGCCACUCCGCAGCCACUCCAUCCGGGGAUGGCGCUGCAUUGAAUACACCACGAAGGGCUCUCAGGUCCCGCUAGAGCGAGUCCACAAGUCUCAGCUAGGGCAAAGUCAAAUGUAUGCAUCGGCGACAGAUGGACCUAGCAGCGGUGCCCAUGACGACCCAACCGCUGUUACGACCACCACCACUUCCCCCGCAUCUCCACUGCCAAGCGAUGGUUCUAUUCAUGAUUAUGAUCCUCAACCAAGCGCUGGGCAGGCCGUCGCGGCGCCUACGCCUGCCGACGCCGUCACAGAAGCGGUGGCCGCCGCUGAUGCUUCGGCAGUUGACACAGGAACAGCAGUACCACGUAAUGCAGCAGCGGAGACGGCACCGGAGGCGCCAGCGGCAGCGGAGGCUCCAGCGGCAGCGGAGGCGCCAGCGGCAGCGGAGGCUCCAGCGGCAGCGGAGGCGCCAGCGGCAGCGGAGGCGCUAGCGGAAGCGGAGGCGCCAGCGGAAGCGGAGGCGCUAGCGGAAGCGGAGGCGCCAGCGGAAGCGGAGGCGCCAGCGGCACUGGCAGCGGAGGCGCUAGCGGAAGCGGAGGCGCCAGCGGAAGCGGAGGCGCUAGCGGCAGCGGAGGCGCCAGCGGAAGCGGAGGCGCUAGCGGAAGCGGAGGCGCCAGCGGCAGCGGAGGCGCCAGCGGAAGCGGAGGCGCCAGCGGAAGCGGAGGCGCCAGCGGCACUGGCAGCGGAGGCGCCAGCUGCAACAGAUCUCCAGGCGCUCCGUGAGGUUCUGGAGCAAGCCCGGGUGGCGGUGGAGCGCUUAGAAGUCGCAGUAGCCCGACACGAGCAUCGUCUGGCGGCACUCGCCGCCGUCACGACGUCGCCAGCUGCGGCGGCAGGAUCCGCCGCGGCCGCGGACCCUGCUAUCGCGGCGGCUGCGGCGGCUGCCCUGCGCAGCCUAGGUAUGGACAGCAGCGGCACCUCCGCGGCGGCCCGCAAGGCGCUGCGUGACGCGCUGCAGCUGGUGUUGCGGGAACGGAGGGCCGCCGGCUUCGGAGCUGUCACCGGCCUGUCUGCCGUGACCGACAAUACCAUCACUGGCGCCGGCGUCGCGGCGGCGGCGGCGGAGGAGGACUGGUUUGGCCGCCACUUUGCGCUGCGUGCCGCCGCGCGGCUGACGGCGCCACUGUCGCAACCGCCAGCGACGGAGGCGGCGACGAACGUGGCAACGCCGGCGGAGCCGGCAGCAGUAGCACCGGCGGCGGCCCCAUCUCUUGUAACGUGUGUAUUCCCGUACGAGCUGCCGCAUCCCAACGCUGCCGCUGCUGGCGGCGGCCCUCUGCAGUACAUCGUCGCUGGUGAUGCAGCGGGGUCGCUGUACAUCUUAAGUCCUUCUGACGGUGCCGUACUGGCCGCGCUUCAUACUGGUGCCGACUCGCCCGUCACUGCCUGCUCGGCCUUUUCCGUACGGAGAUACGAAUCCACUAUUAUUACGGGGCACGCCAACGGCCAGACGCGCAGCUUUGCCGUAUUGAUGCGGGAAGCCCAGGACGAUGCCACGGCGGCGGCGACGGCGUCGCCUCCUUCUCCUCCUCCCACCGAUCGGAGGCGUCGGCAGCGCCAACGCGGUAUCAGUACGGCAGCUCAGGAUAAGCUUGUCGUACACUUUGUACGGCUACGCCACGUGGUGGAGUCCAUGCCGGCGGGGGCGCUGCCCUGGGCGGCGGUGGAGGAGCUGCCAAUGACGCUGACGGGGGCGAGUACGGAAGCGGCGGCGGCGCAGCCGCCGGCAGACGCGGCGACGGAGGCGGCAGCGGCAGCGGUGGCUGACGCCAUCGCCGAGUCGCAACAAUAUACGGGGCCACCAGCGCCGAUCAUGCACAUUUUGCCGUACAGACUGGGCAACAAGGUCACGGGUCGAAGACAUGUUCUCGUUCUGGAUCGAGCCGGGAACUACCGCUUGGAGCGAGAUAAUGGCACAGUGCGGUUUUGGGCCCGAACCAACAGAACGCAGCUGGCGGCCACAUUCGUGGGCACGCACGCGGUCCUGCUAUCCGCCCACCACGCCACCCUCAUCAACACGCUGCAACCCCGAGCCCCCCGGGCCUACGUGGUUCAUCGCGCCACUCCGCUUCCCUGGCUGGACCUCCACCAACACCAACACCAACACCAGCAGCAGCAGCAGCAACAAGGCGAGGAGCAACCAGGAGGAGGAGCAGUAGCACUCAGCCGCCACUCCUUGUCCCUGACGGCCCUACGGGGCUACCUGCUGAUGACCCAUGGGUCACACCGGGUGUUGUUCAACGUCUCCGGGGUCAUCAGGACGGGAAUACCCGCACUCACGUCCACCAGGGACCAUGUCAUUGUGAACGUGGCGUCGGCGGCGGCUCCGGCGGCACCGACGGCCGCUGCGACGUUGCCAUCAUCAUCCGCCGCCGCCGCCGCCGCCACAAGCUUACUCAUUGGCGGCAUGCUGCCGCCGCCGCCGGUGGUGGCGGUGGGACCCGGCAGCCAGGUGGUCGUACUGGCGCUGCCGUCAUCGCCGCCACCGUCCGCUUUGGCUGCCUCGGCUGUACAUGCCGGCGAUGAUGCCUCUAACGGCGGAGGAGGAGUUGGCAGUGAGGGCGAGGGCGAGGGCGAGGGCGAGGGCGAGGGCGAGGGCGAGGGCGAGGGCGAGGGCGAGGGCGAGGGCGAGGGCGAGGGCGAGGGCGAGGGCGAGGGCGAGGGCGAGGGCGGGGGCGGUGGCGGGGGUGAGGGCGAGGGCGAGGGCGAGGCCGCCAUGAUGCUCGUGGGCCUAUAUCAGUUCUGGCGGAUGUCCAGCACGCGGAACCAGCGGAGGACUAUGCCCUCCGCCAGCAGGAAUAUCCGCAGCCGCAGCGGGUACGGCACAGGGUACGGCGGGAAUUCGUUCGGCUAUGCGGCGCAGCAUGCGUACGGCGAAAACAGGCAAGGGGCACCCAGGGCCUCCUCCAAAAGCUCUCCACCGCCGCCCAGAGCCCCUAAGAACUCCCCCUCGCAGGAGCGAGGCCGACUAAGGAAACCGGAUCCGGCUACCGCUCGCUACCGCAGAGGCCGGUCUGACAGACCCAUGGGUCGAACCGUCACGUACGAGGAUGAGGAGUACUAG